AUGGAAUGUGGCCAUUAUGUGGGUCAUGGCUACGUGAGCAACUGGGGCAUGCAGUGCGAUAACAUGCGUCGCCGUAGACGUACGAGUAACGCGCCACCAUCUACGGCGGUUCCCGGGUACAUAAAAUAUUUGAAGGGAACGGAGUGGGAGAUGAAGAGGACGCGGCGCGUGGGAAAGGACAAGUCCUUUGAAACGGAGAAAAAAGUAUCUCUGAGAAAGAUGCAAUGGUUGAUGAAUAACAAGAAUGGGAAAUUGACCCAUAAUUGCUAA